CAAGAGAUACCACGCCAAACGUACGCCAGAACAAGCUAAGCGCGCGCGAGCCGCAGACAUCCGAACGAUGGCCGUCGUCGAGGUCGUCACCUCCGAGCUGGUGGCGCCGAGCGAGCCCACGCCGCGGCGCCCGCUCUGGCUGUCCAACCUCGACCUCGCCGCGCGGAACGGCUACACCCCGACGAUCUACUUCUUCCGCCGUCCCCAGGACAGCAGCGACGGCCGGCUGCGUGCGGACUCCUGCUUCUCGACCCACGCGCUGCGUGCGGCGCUGGCCGCCGCGCUGGUCCGGUUCUACCCGUUUGCCGGCCGGCUCCGCGCCGCCGGCCGCGGCGGGCGCGCCGAGAUCGACUGCAACGCCGCGGGCGCGCUCUUGGUCGUCGCGCGGUCCGCCGCGGCGCUCGAGGACUUCCUCCACGACUUCGCGCCGUCCAAGGCCAUGAACGACACGUUCGUGCCCACGUACGACUCCGCUGGCCCCGACGCACCGUUGCUACUGCUUCAGGUUACCUUUUUCAGGUGCGGCGGCGUGGCGCUCGGCACGGCGAUGCACCACUUCGUCAUCGACGGCCGCAGCGCCUUCCACUUCAUCCGAACGUGGUCCAGCAUCGCCCGUGGAGACACCGCCGCCGCGCCCCCGUCGCUUGACCGCACGCCACUCCGGGCGCGCCCACUGCUCACUACUGCCGCCGCCCUCUUCGACCACACCCACGAGUACGGCGGCCGCGCCUCCAGGCCAGCAGCAGUAACCGCCGGCGCCGCGGCCGGAAGCAAGGCGGAGUACGCCAGCGCGAUCCUCCGCGUGACCGGCGCGCAGGCCGCCGCCCUGCGCGCCCGCGCCGGCGCGGUGUCCACGUUCCGCGCGCUGGUGGCGCACGUCUGGCGGUGCGCGUGCGCGGCACGCGCGCUGGCUCACGACGCCGAGUCCCGCCUCUACACGAUGGUGGACAUGCGCGCCCGCCUGUCCCCGCCGCUGCCGGACGCCUUCUUCGGCAACGCGGUGGUGCGCACCUCCGCGUCGGCCCGCGUCGGCGACCUCCUGGCCAACCCGCUGGGUUUCGGCGCACGUCGGCUCCGCGCGGCGACGGGGCACGGGGACGAGUAUGUGCGCUCGCUGCUGGAUUACCUGGAGACGGCGGACCUGGCGACGGUACCGCGCCAGGGGCUGCGCGGCACGGACCUGCGGGUGAUCAGCUGGCUGGGGAUGCCGUCGUACGACGCCGACUUCGGGUGGGGCGAGCCGGCGCUGCUGGCGCCGGCGCUCAUGUAUUACCCGGGGUUCGUGUACCUGUUGAACUGCCCCGGCAAGGGUGGCGAUGUUGCCGUGGCCGCCGCGCUGGAGCCCGAGCGCAUGCAGCGGUUCAAGGAGCUCUUCUACGAGGAGCUGGCUAUGCUGGAGUGAACGUACGUGAGGCAAAAGAUUCAUACGCUUAACGUGCACUUUAUGCACCAGUUAAUCUAUAAUAUGUCUAUGCAUGUAUAACUAUAUUUAUAUUUAUAUCUAUAAUCUACACACU